AUGUUGUCAAAAACGAUAAAAUAUUUUGCUCGACACAGUUUGUCAACUAAUGUUUCAUCUCAUGCUCGAAUAUUAGAAGGUUUUCGUGAAGCUAUUGGAAAUACACCAUUAAUUCGUUUAUCAAAAUUGAGUCAAGAAACUGGUUGUAACAUUCUUGUUAAAGCUGAAUAUCUUAAUCCAGGUGGUUCAAUUAAAGAUCGUGCUGCUUUUUUCUUAAUUAAAGAGGCUCUUGAUAAAAAUUUAAUUAAAACUGGUGCUACUAUUGUUGAAGGUACAGCUGGUAAUACAGGUAUUGGAUUAGCUCAUAUUUGUAAUGCAUUGGGUUUUAAAUGUGAAAAAAUUGAUAUACUACGUGUAUUAGGUGCCGAAGUAACAACAGUUCCUGUUGUUCCAAUUACUGAUCCAAAUAAUUAUAAUCAUCAUGCUAGACGUUAUGCUGAACAACGUGAAAAUGCCGUAUGGACAAAUCAAUUUGAUAAUCGAGCUAAUCGACAUGGUCAUUAUUGUACGACAGGACCUGAAAUUUGGACACAAACAAAUGGUAAAGUAAAUGCAUUCGUGAUGAGUACAGGUACUGGUGGAACUUUAGCUGGUACUUCUAUGUAUUUAAAAGAAAAAAAUAGUAAAAUUAGAACUGUACUUGCUGAUCCACCUGGUAGUGUUCUAUAUAAUUAUAUUAAAUCGGGUAAACUUGAUCGAACUGAUGGUUCAUCAAUUACUGAAGGCAUUGGACAAGGUCGUAUAACACAAAAUUUACAAGAUGCACCUAUUGAUGAAUCAUUAUUUAUCAACGAUCAAGCUACUGUUAAUAUGGUUUUUAAACUUUUAUGUGAAGAAGGAUUUUUUGUUGGUGCUUCAUCAGGUUUAAAUGUAGCUGCAGCUGUUGAAUUAAGUAAAUCAAUGCCAAAAGGUUCAACAAUUGUUACAACUCUUUGUGAUAAUGGACAAAAGUAUUUUAAUCGUUUAUUCAACAAAAAUGAAUUAACAAAACGAGGCAAAUAUUUUUCUUGUUAUAUAUUAACAAAACUAAAAAGAAAUAUUUAUUUAGGUCUUCUCGAUCAACUCCCUGAAGAAUAUCAUAAAAAUAUUUUUUAA